AUGGAGCCAGAAUGUAUGAAUUCAAGUCUUGAUCUCUUUCAAAGACCUCCACUGCAGACAAAUAUUCUUAAAACCAUCAACGUAUCGUAUAACCCGUUAACAUCGUUAGACAACAGUAAUACAAUAGAGUUUCAUAUUCCAUCAAACGGUGAUUACUACAAAGAUUUGGGAAGUUUAAAUCUUCGCCUUUUAUUGCAAAUACAAGACAAUGCACAACCGGCAGGAAACCCUCCUGUGAACCCUCCAACCUCUCUUGUUGUAAACAACAUCCUUCACUCACUUUUUCGUCAAUGUCAAGUUACUUUGAAUGGAACGCAUGUGAGUCAAGAUGAUACUAACUAUCAUUAUAAGUGCUACCUUCAAACAGUCCUCAAUUACGGUCUUGACGCCAGGAAGACCCAAUUGAGCGCUCAGGCGUAUCAUCCGGAUGAAAACGACGUGAAUUCUACAUCAGACAACCAUAAUGCAGGAAUAAAAGAUCGGAGACGUCUUUUUGGACAAUAUGGAGGGUACAAAAAAGUCGAACUUGUGGGAAAAAUUCAUUCGGACAUAUUCAACAUUGAUCGAUUUUUACCAAGUGGAAUUGAUUUACGUGUUUCUUUGAUAAAAGAAAAGGAAAAUUUCUACAUGAUGGGAGAAAAUUCUACUGGAUCUAUUAAAAUUCUUGAAGCUAAUUUAACAUUAGACCAUAAAGUUAUUAAUCCUGAAAUUUUGGCAGCGCAUCAUUAUACUUUGAACAGUAGAAAUAUGAUUAUUCCUUUUACAAGAACGUCUGUUAAACAAUUUACUAUCAAUUCAGGCCUCUCAAGCGUGAGUUUAGACAAUGUAAUAAUGGGAAAGCUUCCUAAUUCAUUAGUUUUCGGAAUGGUUUCGCAUGCCGCGUAUAAUGGAUCCAGAACAGAAAAUCCAUUUAAUUUUUCACAUUUUAGAUUGCAAAAUUUUAGUCUUUAUGUAAAUGGUGAACAAACACCAACCAAACCAUUGUCUUUUAGUUUUGGAGACGAGGGAAAUAUUUGCACACAAGGUUACGUUUCUUUAUUUAAAGCAUUAGGUUUAUGGAGAGAGGAUCGCGGACAUCAAAUUACUCGUUCUAAAUUUGAAAAUGGAUACUUUUUAUUAGCAUUUGACCUCACAGCAGACCACAAUUUUACAGAUAGUUGUGGAAAUAUGACACAAGAAGGAACCAUUCGCUUAGAAUUUAAGUUUGACGAUCCAUUAACAGCACCAAUUACUUGUUUGGUAUAUUCCGAGAGUGACGCGUGUAUGGAAAUUGAUAGAAAUAAGAAUGUUUUUAUUUCACAAUAA